UGACGUCGAACGACAGACUCUGGGAAACAUGGCGGCGUCCUUGUUCAGGUUGAGCAGUGUGAUCGGCAGAACCGUGAAUCGUGGACUGGCUAGGAAGUCACAGGUACAAAACUUUGCAAUAAACAGACACAGAUCCGCACAAGCGGCAACCCAAACAGUUCUGAAUGUCCCGGAGACAAAAGUAACCACAUUAGAAAAUGGCCUUCGAGUUGCCUCAGAGGACUCAGGACUGUCCACUUGCACGGUUGGCCUGUGGAUUGAUGCAGGAAGCAGGUAUGAAAACCAAAUGAAUAAUGGAACGGCACAUUUUCUUGAGCACAUGGCAUUUAAGGGAACCAAAAAGCGUUCCCAGCUGGAUCUGGAGCUUGAGAUAGAAAACAUGGGUGCCCACCUAAAUGCAUACACAUCGAGGGAACAGACUGUAUACUACGCAAAGGCUUUCUCCAAAGAUCUGCCCAGAGCUGUGGAAAUCCUUGCAGACAUUAUUCAGAACAGCACCCUAGGUGAGGCAGAGAUUGAACGUGAAAGAGGCGUCAUUCUACGGGAGAUGCAGGAAGUAGAGACUAAUCUACAGGAAGUGGUCUUUGAUUAUCUCCAUGCAACUGCCUAUCACAACACUGCUCUGGGAAGAACCAUACUUGGGCCCACUGAAAACAUCAAAUCUAUAAACAGAAAUGACUUGGUUGAAUAUAUUACAACACAUUACAAAGGACCUAGGAUAGUCCUGGCGGCUGCUGGAGGCGUGUUACAUGAUGAGCUGCUUCAUUUGGCAAAGUAUCACUUUGGUAAUUUGCCAUCUAUGUAUGAGGGAGAGAAUCUGCCCCCCUGUACCUUUACAGGCAGUGAGAUCCGUGUUCAAGAUGAUAAAAUGCCUCUGGCUCACAUAGCUAUUUCUGUUGAGGCUGUUGGCUGGUCUCAUCCAGACACGAUCCCACUUAUGGUGGCCAACACAUUAAUUGGGAACUGGGACAGGUCCUUUGGAGGUGGAGUGAACUUGUCCAGUAAACUAGCCCAGGUCACCUGCCAUGGAAACUUGUGUCACAGUUUCCAGUCCUUCAAUACCUGCUAUACAGACACUGGUCUCUGGGGCCUGUACAUGGUUUGUGAGCCAAACACAGUGGCAGACAUGAUGCAUUUUGUCCAGAACGAAUGGAUUCGGCUUUGUACAAGUGUCACAGAAAAUGAAGUUGCACGAGCCAAGAAUCUCCUAAAAACAAACAUGUUGCUUCAGCUGGAUGGCUCUACACCAAUCUGCGAGGAUAUUGGUCGACAAAUGUUAUGCUACAAUCGCAGAAUCCCACUGCCUGAACUGGAAGCAAGAAUUGAUUUGAUUGAUGCCCAGACCAUCCGAGAUGUUUGCACAAAAUAUAUUUAUGAUAAGAGUCCAGCCAUUGCUGCUGUAGGCCCCAUUGGACUACUACCGGAUUACGACAGAAUCCGUAGUGGAAUGUACUGGCUGAGGCAAUAGAGAAGAUGAGUCUGGUACACAUGGCCUUGUGUCUACCAUGGAGAAUUCGCCUUCCUGGGCUACAGUUUAUAGCUGAACCCUUUUGUACAUUUAAAGACAAUGUUAUAAUUUAUACAGUCAAAUACUGGUGUAGUAUUUCCUUUUUUAUUAUAAAAUAUAACACACAGUU